AGUCACAGUCACAGUAACAGACAAGAGGCAAACGUCAGAAAGACGGGGGAGGAAGCUGGGUUAAGUGACAAAUGUGGCUCUAGGCAGAGUUUUCUCCAUUUUUCAUUAUCAAACAAAAUCUGGGAUGGUGCUGCUGCCACUCGGAACCAGCGCGCAUCUUGCAGCCAUUGGAUCGGCUUUUCGUCAUGUUCCAUCGGUGGGAAAGGCGGGAAAGGGAAAAAACGAGAGAAUUUGCCCCACUCCCUGGGCGGGCUGGAGCUCACUAUUAUGUAAACCUCUGGGCGAGGGGGGCGACUGUCAGUUUCAGUUUCACAUGGAUGGAAUCAUGCUUGAUGAGAGAGGAAGUGAAUCCUUUAUUGGCGUGAUUCUUUGCUCCCGAACACGACCCCCAGCGGUCAAAGUCGAAUUUAAGCUCGAAUUAAGCAUGGUGUUCGUGAGGAGUUCAUACAGACCAAAUGCUUAUCGAUUGGGAUCACGUGGGGCAGACUCGAGUUUGACCGUUAACGAGAACAUCACGUGGUUGACACUCCCCGGCGGAACUCCGGUGGCGCUGUUCCGACCGGCGCUAGAAGUCUGGAUGGAAUCAAAAGAACCUUCCACUUUUUGGUUAGCAGUAGGCACUUUGGCAGGUGCACUUGGCAUUUGUCUGUCUCGUCAAGGUGGCAUCGCAAAUGCGGGUCCAUCAGGCACCGGGAAAAUUGGUACAUUAGGGCCACUGCCUCGCCCUGAGUUCAGGGCGUUGCUGUGUGCUGCUUCCAUAGGAAUGGCGAAUUGCCCACUCAAUCGACUGGCAGGAUGGCCCGUAAGGAAUUUGAGGAGCGCACUGUGUGCCUUCGGCCCUACGGAACUGCGAUUCCAUGUCUUCGAUACACUCGGAUGGAUCUCGCUAUGACUGGGCCUUCUGGUGAACCUGGACUGUCCGGAUAAAAAGCCCAGGAAAGUUUUUCUUAGCCGAUUAGAAUCACCAUCACCAAUGGAUAUGAGUCAGGGCAAUCGUUAUCAGUUUGCCUCCCCCGGAUUGCAAACCCUGCAAACUCUGCAAA